AUGAAAGACUUUUUAAACGAUUUGAAGGCUUCUAUUGCAGAAAGCAAAAAAAAUGGCAUGCUAAAGGACAUACAGAUUAACCAGACUGGGGAUCAUUUGACGAUAUUACAAAGCACUCUUAAUACAACAGCCGGGAUGUUCUACUCGCCAUCUGAGUACUAUCAUAUCUUAACUGACGGAGAUUCUGGCGACACUCUGCUGGAUCAGCUAGUUCAAAUGCUUGAAAGGCCGUAUCUCACAAGACUUAUUGCACUUCCUGAUGCGCAUGCAGGAAAAGAGUUUCCUGUGGGGAUUUCCUGCUCAUUUGACCCGACACAUCCAGAGUGCAGGGUUGUGCCAGAAAUGAUAGGAUUUGACAUAAACUGCGGGGUCAGGUUGUGGGCCACAAACAUCAAAAAAAGCGAGUUUCUUCCUUUUAGAGAGGCUUUUAUGACUCGUGCAUUUGAGCAGAUAGGAAUAAUCGACAGGCCGUGCCCGCUUCCAAAAGAGAUUGAUGCAGAUAAAAUCCUUGAGCGAGGAAUUCCCUAUCUAAUAGAGCUAGGAAUGGCCACAGAACUGGAUGCUAUGUGCACUGAGUCACAAGGGUGUCUUCCUGUUAGUAAUGUUAAAAAGCUGCUGGGACAAGCCCCGAGGGCAGCAGUAAAAAAACAGCUGGGGACGCUAGGAAAUGGAAACCACUAUGUUGAAAUACAGGUAGUGAAUGAAAUAUUUGAUGAUAAAAUAUGUAAGCAGCUGGGGCUAGAGCUUGAUAUGGUCUGUAUAUCUGUGCAUACUGGCAGUCGGUCGGUUGGUGGCGGCGCAGUGUCAGACUUACUAAAGAAGUGCAUGAGAUGUGAAAGUAAGUAUGUGCAUGAUGAAAAGGUGGAAAUACCAAUUAAUGAUCCCAUGGCAGAAAACUACUUUGAGAUGGUAAAUGCAUGUAGUAACUUUGCAUUCUGUAACCGAGUCAUGAUAGGAAGAGAGGUAGAAGAAGCUCUAAAACAAACAUUUGAACAAAGCAUGGGAGAUACCGAGGAGACAGAGGUUAAAGACACCCGGGGAGUGAGAAACAUAAAAAGCGGCAGUAGCAUCACAAUGCGAGUAAUAAGUGACUCUGCACAUAAUAUUGUGCGAUUAGAAGAAAGAGAUGGCAAAAAAGUGCUUAGGAUAAGAAAGGGGAGUACGCAGAUUCUUCCAUAUGGGGACAAAGAAAGGAGCAUUGCGAGAGAUAUUAAUAAGACGUCUUUAUACAAUUCGGAGUCUAGUAUGCCAGAUGACUCUAACAAGUGCACAAUAUAUCCUCAUGUUGUAUCUGUGGGGGGGUCCAUGAGCACUGGUAGCUAUGUGCUCUCAGCAGGAAAAAACGGGGAGUCUGUGGACUAUGUUACCUGCCACGGGUCAGGCCGAAUUUUGCGAAGGAAAGAUGCUAAUAAAGAAAUUACACAAGAAGGACUGAAAAACGAACUAGAAAGUGCCGAUGUAUCCAUGCGCGUUAAAAAUAUCAACAAAAUAAGAGAAGAGUCUAGCAAAGCAUACAAAUGUAUAAAGAAAGUGGUUGACUACUGCGAAGAGUCUGGGCUGUCAAAUAAGGUGUGCAGACUGGCCCCAAUAGGCGGAAUAAAGGGAUAGAUUGCCUCUUUACUAUUAUAACAAGAAGUAUCUGAAGUACAUAUAUUCUGUUGGAAAUAAAUGUAAUUUCUGGAUACUUUUCAACAGAAUAUGAAAUGGAGAUAUGUGUUUGUAUGUGGUUAGAUUCAAGACACUUUAUUAU